UCUGGAACAUAAUUCGUUCCUGGGAGUCUCUCUGUCUUCUACUUGUUUGUUAGGGUUCCUUUUCCCGUUUCGUGUCGUUUCGUUUUUGUUUGCAAUGGAAGAAAGCCCUCGUGGUCGCAGAAAGCGAGCACACCCUUCUUCUCCUUCUCCUCCUUCGCCAAUCUCCAAGAAGCCCCAAACCUUCCCUUCGUUCCAAGACAUCCCCAAUCUCCCUUCUAACAUCAAAUCCCUCUGCCACCUCAUCGCCACCACCUCCGCCGCCACCGUCGAGCACUCCCUCCAAUCCGCCGCCAUCUCCGUCAUCCCUCACGACGUCGAAGAAGUCCUCAAACUCUCCUACGGCUGCCAAUCCGUCAAAUUCUUCCGCUGGAGCGGCCGCCACCUCAACGACAACCACACGCCCUAUUCCUGGAACCUCGUUGUCGAUAUCCUCGGCAGAAACCGCUUCUUCGACCCCAUGUGGGACGCCGUUAAGUCAAUGAACAAAGAAGGGUUACUCUCGCUCGCCACAUUCGCCUCCGUCUUCAGCAGCUAUGUUGCCGCUGACAGAAUCCGUGAAGCAAUUAUGGCGUUUGAGAUUAUGGACAAUUACGGUUGUGUUGCUAAGAAAUUCGUCCGACCGGAUACGGAUACUUACGCGAUUUUAAUGGAGGGGUGGGAAGGGGAGAAGAGUAUGGUUAGUGCUAAGGAGACAUUUGCUGAGAUGGUGAUUGAGAUUGGAUGGGAUCCUGCGAAUGUGCCGGCUUAUGAUUCGUUCUUGUGUACACUUGUUAGAGGGCAUGAUGGAUUGCUUGAGGCUAUUAAGUUUGUUGAUUCCAUGAGGGAUAGGAGGUGUUACCCCGGUGUGAGGUUUCUGAAGGCUGCAUUGGAUGAGUGUGUUAAGUGCCAUGAUGUUAGGACAGCUGAGUUUUUCUGGGAGGUGUUGGUGGUUGGGAAGGUGUUGCAGCCCACCUCUGAGAUGUACAAUUUGAUGAUCGGUUUGUGUUGCUAUCGCGGUGACACCGAUGCUGCAAGGAGGAUGCUCCAUGAGAUGGUUUACCAAGGGGCUUUUCCUGAUGUGGUGACUUAUAACUUGUUGUUUAAGUUCUUGCUCAAGGGGAGGAAACUGAGGGAGGCUUCGUCGGUGUUUGCGGAGAUGGUGCAGAAUGAGUGUGUGCCGGAGCAGGAUAACUGUGAUUUGGCAGUUAAGGUGUAUGUGGAUUGCGGGGAGCCUGUUAUGGCGAUCAAGGUUUGGAAGUGUUUGGUGGAGAAUUAUAAGAAGGGUUUGGAGCAGACCGCGAAUUUUCUGGUUGUGGGGCUUUGCAAUUUGAACAGGCCACAGGUGGCGGUUAAGUAUGCCGAGGAUAUGAUUGGCAGGGGAAUCAGUUUGUCCUCUUCCACAUUGUCGAAGCUGAGACAAAGCCUUGUCAAGGAGAGAAGAGAAUAUGUGUAUGAGGAUCUUUUGAGAAAGUGGAAAUCUCACUAGGUAGUUUGGAUUUUUUUUGCUAAAACUGUGUAACUUAAUAUUAGUGCCGAAUUUGAAUGUUUUGCUUUUGUCUGAUAGAGAGGGGAAGAAUUUUGAAGUGGUUAUUAUUAUCUAAAAGAUGAUACUUUGGUUCUGCAUUGGGAUAAAUAGGCUCCAGCAUGUGUUAUCUUUGUAUAUAGUUACUGCAAAAGAUCCUACUAGAAUUGCUUUAGAAGGUUAAAGGUAGAGGAAGUUUAUAUAGGUUUUUGUAUCAGACUUAUAUUAUAAAAAAUAAAAAAAAGCUUUAUCUAUUUACCUAUCUUAAUCUGA